AUGAAGCUGGUCCCACGCGAAUUGGACAAAUUGAUCCUCCACCAAGUCGGCUUCUUGGCCCAGAAAAGGCUCGCCCGCGGAAUUCGACUCAACCGAACUGAAGCCGUCGCCCUGAUCGCCAGCCAGCUUGCAGAGUUCAUCCGCGAUGGUCGACACUCUGUUGCAGACCUCAUGGACCUGGGCAAGCAGUUCCUGGGUCAUCGCCAAGUAAUGCCGGGCGUCGCGGAGACGUUACGCGAGGUCCAGAUCGAGAGCACGUUUCCUGAUGGCACAAAGCUGGUGACCGUCAGCGAUCCGAUCAGUAACGAGAACGGCAACCUUGAACUGGCCCUCUACGGCUCUUUCUUGCCCAUCCCAGACGCAGAUAGGUUCUUCCCGCCUAUUACAAGGGCUGAGGAGGCUGCCUUCAAGCAUCCUCCCGGAGCCAUUGUUACUGCUCCAGGUACUCUGACACUCAACAAGGGCCGGAAACGAGUGCGACUCGAGAUCACCAACACGGGCGAUCGUCCCAUUCUGGUUGGCUCCCAUUUCCAUUUGAUCGAGGCCAAUAGUGCCCUGCUAAUGGAUCGCGAACUCGCCUAUGGCCGCAGAUUCGAUAUCCCCGCAGGAUCAGCUAUCCGUUUUGAACCGGGCGAGAAGCACACAGUGAUGACCGUCAGUAUUGGCGGUAGAAUGCGCAUCACUGGAGGAAACAACCUUGCUACCGGUGUCGUGGAUCCCAUGCGAGUUCAAGAGAUCGUAUCCAAUUUGACAGCACGCAACUUUCUGCAUAUGACGCAGUCGCCAGCGCUGAACGAGAAAGAGAUUCCAGAGUACCAGAUCCCGAGAGAGGUCUAUCAGUCGUUCUAUGGACCCACAGUCGGUGAUAGAGUGAGGCUCGGCGACACGGAUCUUUGGAUUGAAAUUGAGAAGGACUACACGCAUUAUGGUGAUGAAUGCAAGUUCGGCGGAGGAAAAGUUCUUAGAGAGGGCAUGGGUCAGGCCAAUGGCGUACCCGAUGAAGAGGCGUUGGAUCUUGUUAUUACAAACGCCAUCAUCCUCGAUUACACUGGAAUCUACAAGGCCGAUAUUGGAGUCAAGAAGGGAAUCAUUUCCGGGAUUGGCAAGGCUGGCAACCCUGACGUGAUGGAGGACGUGUCACCGAACAUGAUCGUUGGUGUAUCGACUGAGGUCAUGUCUGCUGAACAACUGAUCGUCGUUGCCGGAGGCAUUGACUCCCACGUGCAUUUUAUCUCUCCAGAGCUCAUCGAUGAGGCAUUGACAUCUGGACUGACAACAAUGAUCGGCGGCGGUACUGGACCUAACACUGGGUCGAAUGCGACAACGUGUACUCCGGCUGCAGAAUUUAUCAAAAUGAUGAUGCAGGCAACGGAUGCGUCACCUAUCAACAUUGGAAUCACCGGUAAAGGUAACACGGCUAAUCUUGAAGGCAUUCACGACCAGGUCAAGGCUGGCGUCAUCGGAUUGAAGCUGCAUGAGGAUUGGGGCACGACCCCAGCCGCGAUCGACAACUGCCUGAUAGCUUGUGACAUGUACGACGUUCAGGCAACCAUACAUACGGAUACGCUGAACGAAGCAGGAUUCGUGCAGUCAACCGUUGGGGCUAUCAAAGGACGCACCAUCCACACCUAUCAUACAGAAGGAGCUGGUGGUGGACACGCGCCGGAUAUCAUCACUGUUUGUGGCCUGCCCAAUGUCCUUCCAUCAAGUACGACUCCCACUCUGCCCUUUACCAAGAACACUCUAGACGAGCACAUUGACAUGUUGAUGGUAUGCCAUCAUCUGGAUAAGAACCUGCCUGAGGACGUCCAUUUCGCAGAGAGUCGUAUUCGUGGAGAGACCAUCGCAGCAGAGGGAUGCUUGCACGACAUGGGCGCUAUCAGCAUGAUCAGCAGUGACGCUCAGGCAAUGGGCCGUAUCGGAGAAGUCGUUUCCCGGACGUGGAUGCUUGCCAACCGUAUGAAGCAGGUGCGCGGCCACAUCCAAGACCCGAAUACUGAAGCAUAUGCCACAGACGCCGACAAUUUCCGUGUCAAGCGCUAUGUCGCCAAGUACACUAUCAAUCCUGCUGUUGCCCAUGGAAUUUCGCAUUUGGUGGGCUCGAUUGAGGUUGGCAAGAUAGCGGAUCUUGUCAUGUACAACCCAGACUCAUUCGGUGUGAAGCCCUCACACGUUCUCAAGUCCGGUGUGGUGACCUACUCUGCCAUGGGCCUGGCCAACGGCAGCAUCCCCACAACUCAGCCUAUCAUCCUCCGUCCGAUGUUUGGAGCCAUUGGUAGUGCUGCUGCCGCUAACUCGGUUGUGUUCAUGUCUCAGGCGGCCGUGGAUCUCAACCGAGGACAGGAAUACGGCCUUAAAAAGAAUGUCGCUGCGAUCAAGAACUGCCGUGACAUAUCGAAAGCCGAUAUGAAACUGAAUGACUAUUGUCCGGAAGUCAAGGUCGAUCCCGAAUCGUUUGAAGUCAGCGUGGAGGAUGUUAUGAUUAGCGACAUGGUCAAACCCGCAGAAACUCUACCACUUGCGCAGAGCAUGUACAUUUUCUGA